AUAGUUGACAACACUGCACUCCACCUCCCUUCCCUCUCUACUUCUACGGUCGGGUCAUGCAUAACCUCAAAUGUUUAUGUUAUUUUAUUGGAAAAUAAAUGUUUUGAACUCUUUAUAAAGAGGAGUUUAUAAAUAUUCUAAAAAAAAUUGUACGAAGAUGUUGACUUAACAACUUUUAGAUAUAUCCCUUUCCAUAAUGUCUUAUGUAAAAGUGCUUCAUUGCACUCUGUGCCUGAAACAUGGUGCUGUUGGACUUUCCACAAAGUCAGUGCUAUUUAAAAUUAAAAAUGGCACAGUAACACAACAGAAUGCUAGUUUUACUACCUCUCAAUGUUGGAAAAGCAAACUCCCACUCACGUCACAGACUCAAGCGAUAACGCCCAUAAAGAAAAACAAAGUGGCCCCACAAGACACUAGGGUGUGGAAAGAGACACCUUCCCAUGACAGGAAGGCCAAUUUUGGACAAUACUGCUUAAUGCUUUCAAAAUUUCGACUUACAUCGCUAGUAGUAAUGACAUCGAUGGCUGGCUACGCCCUUGCGCCUGCUCCAUUCGAGCUGACCAGUUUCGUGCUCUGUGCGGCCGGCACGGGGCUUGUGUCUGCUGCGGCUAACUCUAUCAACCAGUAUCAUGAGGUGCCAUUUGAUGCACAGAUGUCCAGGACGAAAAACAGAGUGCUAGUUAAAGGAUUGUUGGAACCAGCGCACGCGAUCAGCUUCGCAACCGUGGCCACUUCCACCGGCCUGUGCAUACUGUACGCCGUGAACCCGCUGACGGCGGCGCUGGGCGCGGCCAACCUGUUCCUCUACACCACCGUGUACACCCCCAUGAAGAGGAUGUCCAUACUGAACACUUGGCUAGGCUCUGUAGUGGGCGCCAUCCCGCCGCUGAUGGGCUGGGCGGGCUGCGCGGGCGGGCUGGACGCGGGCGCGCUGCUGCUGGGCGCCGUGCUGUACUCGUGGCAGUUCCCGCACUUCAACGCGCUGUCCUGGAACCUGCGCCCCGACUACUCCCGCGCCGGCUACAGGAUGAUGGCGGUCACUGACCCGGCUCUGUGUCGGAGAGUUGCCCUGCGGCAUACAGGCGUGAUAACGGCGACCUGUCUAGCGUCCUCUUACAUGGACGUGACCAACGUCUGGUUCGCACUCGAGUCACUGCCACUGAAUGUCUAUUUCAUGUAUUUAGCCUGGCAAUUCUACAAAAAAUCCGACAGCGCCAGUUCAAGGAAACUGUUUAGGUUCUCACUUAUACAUCUACCCGCAUUGAUGGUAUUGAUGCUAGUCAACAAGAAGUAUUGGAGCUCAUCCGAGUCCCAGGCGGACCAGAAAGAUACGGCCAAGCUGCAAGACGUAAACAAACUGCCCGAAGCCAAGAGGAUAACAGUACUGCCCAAAGGACCCGUAGUAGUAGCCCAGGAUUCAACAGACUCAGCCAUGAAUUAGUGUUAUAGUUUCCUAUAAGGAUGGUUCCUAGUAUUAUUUUAUAGUGCAGCAUUUGUAUCAGAGAUUUCUGAGCGGUAAUGUCAUUUUGACAGCCGUGCACGACUUGUUAACUUAUUUUGAGCCACCGAGGGGCUAUCAUGUUUUCUUGAAACAUUUCUCAGCACUAAUUUUACAAGAUUAUGAAAAUCGGUGGACCUUCCAAUCAAAUUUAAAAAACCUCAUUCUAAUCGAAUGGGUUGUAACAGAUCAUUUUACGUUGCUGUCUCCAUUACCCAUGACGGUAGGACAAAGACAGCUAUGCUAAAUGUCCGUCAGUGAGAUUAAUUCUAUUUAUACAUCGACUAAAAGUUAUGUUUGUGCUAAUGUUAUUCAAAAUGAUGUAAUGGACAUAAAGGACUAUCUCGCUUCCUGUAAAUAUGUACAAUGUAAUUGUUAUUGCUUUAGAAGGCUUAUAAGUAGUUAUUAUUUAAUAAAUGAUUUUAUUGCAAUCACAAAACCUGUAUUGUACUUAUUGUUUUGCACAGGUAUAAUAUUUUUAUAUUCUUUUUUUGGAUGAAAAAAGCUUGAUUUUAAACCUGACUGUUAAAGAAGGGUAAUGUGGUAUCAAAACGUUGUAUUUAGUUAUUUUGUAACUAUUUUCCGCUAACCGAAACUUACGUUACCACUUUUGAAGUUGUGUGAUUUAUUUGUAAUUAUGAUAAUGACAAAAGUAGGAAUAAAUAAAAUACAAAAUUA